AGGUCAUGACAUCACUGCUGGGCUUGGCUGGGCUGUUACUGCUCUUCCGGGCCGCGCUGACGUUCUGGGACUUCCAAGUGAGCCAGAACUGCUACGAUGGCAACUACGAGAUCAGUGUCCUCAUGAUGGACAACUCAGCCUACGACGAACCCUUGGAAAAUCUGAGGGAAGCUGUGAACGAAGGACUGGACAUAGUGCGAAUGCGCCUCAGCGAAGCGGGCCUGAAUGUGACUGUGAAUGCAACUUUCAUCUACUCUGAUGGUCUGAUUCAUAACUCAGGUGACUGCAGGAGCAGCACCUGUGAAGGCCUUGACCUACUCAGGAAAAUUAUAAGGGAUCAUCAGAUGGGCUGUGCCCUCAUGGGACCCUCAUGCACAUAUUCCACCUUCCAGAUGUACCUUGACACGGAAUUGAAUUAUCCCAUGAUUUCAGCCGGAAGUUUUGGAUUGUCCUGUGACUAUAAGGAAACCCUAAGCAGGGUGCUGGUUCCAGCCAGGAAGCUGAUGUACUUCUUGGUUGACUUCUGGCAAGUCAAUAAUGCAUCGUUCAAAACCUUCUCCUGGAACUCUUCAUAUGUUUACAAGAAUGGCUCGGAGCCUGAACACUGUUUCUGGUACCUCAAUGCUCUGGAGGCUAGCGUGUCCUAUUUUUCUGAGGUGCUCAACUUCAAAGAUGUAUUGAGACGCAGUGAACAGUUCCAGGAAGUCUUAGUUGGCCACAACAGGAAGAGCAAUGUGAUUGUUAUGUGUGGCACGCCAGAAAGCUUCUAUGAUGUGAAAGCUGACCUCAACGUGGCUGACAACACUGUUGUUAUCCUGAUAGAUGUGUUCAGUCACCAUUACUUUGACGAGGACACCAAAGCUCCUGAAUACAUGAACAACGUCCUUGUUCUGACGCUGCCUCCUGAAAAUGUCACCUCAAACAACUCUUUCUCCAUGGAGUUUUUAUCGGGAAAAAAUGACUUUUCUCUCGCUUACUUGGAGGGGACCUUGCUGUUUGGGCACAUGGUGCAGACGUUUCUUGAAAAGGGAGAAUCUAUCCCCAGUUCCGAGUUUGCUCAUGCGUUUAGGAAUAUCACUUUCCAAGGCAUUUCGGGGCCUGUGACUCUGGAUGACAGUGGAGACAUUGACAACAUUUUAUGUCUUCUGUAUGUGUCUAUAGAAACCAGAAAGUACGAGGUUCUUAUGGCAUAUGAUACCCAUAAAAACCAAACGAUCCCAGUGGCUGAGAACCCCAACUUCAUCUGGAAGAACCACAGACUCCCUAAUGAUGUUCCUGGACUGGGCCCUCAGAUCCUGAUGAUUGCCGUCUUCACGCUCACCGGAAUUGUGGUCCUGCUGCUGCUGAUCGCCCUCCUAGUCCUGAGAAAAUACAAAAGAGAUAAUGAACUGAGGCAGAAGAAAUGGUCCCACAUUCCCUCUGAAAACAUCUUCCCUCUGGAGACCAAUGAGACCAACCAUAUCAGCCUGAAGAUUGACGAUGACAGAAGACGAGAUACAAUCCAGAGACUGCGACAGUGCAAAUACGACAAGAAGAAAGUGAUUCUGAAAGACCUCAAACACAGUGAUGGGAACUUCACAGAGAAGCAGAAGAUAGAAUUGAACAAGUUGCUGCAGUCCGACUACUACAACCUGACCAAGUUUUAUGGCACCGUGAAGCUGGACACCAGGAUCUUCGGCGUGAUAGAGUACUGUGAGAGGGGUUCCCUCCGGGAAGUUUUAAAUGACACGAUUUCCUACCCUGACGGCACAUUCAUGGACUGGGAGUUUAAGAUCUCUGUCUUAAAUGAUGUUGCUAAGGGGAUGUCAUAUCUGCACUCCAGUAAGAUUGAAGUCCACGGGCGUCUGAAAUCCACCAACUGCGUGGUGGACAGUCGCAUGGUGGUAAAGAUCACAGAUUUUGGGUGCAAUUCCAUCCUACCUCCCAAAAAAGAUCUGUGGACCGCCCCCGAGCACCUGCGCCAAGCCAGCAUCUCUCAGAAAGGAGAUGUGUACAGCUUCGGGAUUGUCGCCCAGGAGAUCAUCCUUCGUAAGGAAACUUUCUACACGCUGAGCUGCCGGGACCAGAACGAGAAGAUUUUCAGAGUGGAAAAUUCGUACGGGAUGAAACCGUUCCGCCCAGAUCUGUUCCUGGAAACUGCAGAUGAAAGGGAGCUAGAGGUCUAUCUGCUCGUCAAAAGCUGUUGGGAGGAAGAUCCAGAAAAGAGGCCAGACUUCAAGAAAAUCGAGAGCACUCUAGCCAAGAUUUUUGGCCUUUUUCAUGACCAAAAAAAUGAAUCCUACAUGGACACCUUGAUUCGACGUCUACAGCUGUACUCUCGAAACCUGGAGCACCUGGUGGAGGAAAGGACCCAGCUGUACAAGGCAGAGAGGGACAGGGCUGACCACCUCAACUUUAUGCUGCUCCCACGGCUGGUGGUGAAGUCCCUGAAGGAGAAAGGGAUUGUGGAGCCAGAGCUAUACGAAGAAGUCACAAUCUACUUCAGUGACAUUGUCGGCUUCACAACCAUCUGCAAGUACAGCACGCCCAUGGAGGUGGUGGACAUGCUAAAUGACAUCUACAGGAGUUUUGACCAGAUUGUGGAUCAUCAUGACGUCUACAAGGUAGAAACCAUCGGUGAUGCCUAUGUGGUGGCCAGCGGUUUGCCUAUGCGAAACGGCAACCGACACGCAGUAGACAUUUCCAAGAUGGCUUUGGACAUCCUCAGCUUCAUAGGGACGUUUGAGCUAGAGCAUCUCCCUGGCCUCCCAGUGUGGAUUCGCAUUGGAGUUCAUUCUGGCCCCUGUGCUGCUGGUGUCGUGGGGAUCAAGAUGCCUCGUUACUGCCUGUUUGGAGAUACUGUCAACACCGCCUCUAGGAUGGAAUCCACCGGCCUCCCCUUGAGGAUCCAUAUGAGCAGCUCCACCAUAGCCAUCCUGAAGAGGACGGACUGCCAGUUCCUGUAUGAAGUGAGAGGAGAGACAUACUUAAAGGGAAGAGGAACAGAGACAACAUACUGGCUGACUGGGAUGAAGGACCAAGAGUACAGCCUGCCUACCCCACCGACCAUGGAGAGCCAAGAGCGCCUGCAAGCAGAGUUUUCAGACAUGAUUGCCAGCUCCUUACAGAAGAGAAAGGCCUUGGGCAUGAAGAGCCGGAGGCCCACGCGGGUGGCCAGCUACAAGAGAGGAGCUUUGGAGUACCUGCAGCUGAACAACUCAGACCACGACAGCACCUAUUUUUAGACCUGGGUGAGCUCUAAGAACUGACAGUAGCAACCUCCAACGUCC